AUGGUAACAAUAACAAUUAAAUUAAGGCUGACAAAAAAGAAUAACCCAGUUUAAUAGCCAAAAGGAAAGAAGGGAAAGAAAACCGGAGAGGAAACAACUCAAUAAGUUGUUGCUACUUUGGGACCAAAUGUUGCAGGAAAUGAAUUAGUAUUUGGAGUAGCUCACAUCUUGUCAACUUGGAAUGACACCUUCAUUCACAUCACCGAUUUGACAGGCAGAGAAACAUUGGCUAGAGUCACUGGUGGAAUGAAAGUCAAAUCUGACAGAGAGGAAUCUUCACCAUAUGCAGCCAUGCAAGCAGCCAAGGAUGUUUAUGAGAAGUUGAAAACACUCAAAAUCAAUGCUUUGCAUAUUAAAUUAAGAGCAAGAGGAGGUGUCGAUACCAGACAACCAGGACCUGGUGCUCAAGCUGCUCUAAGGGCUUUGGCUCGUUUGGGACUCAAAAUCGGAAGAAUUGAAGAUGUUACUCCAAUCCCAACCGACUCUACUAGAAGACCUGGAGGUAGAAGAGGAAGAAGAUUAUGAAAAGUCAAAUAAAAACAUACAUUAUAUUAUACAUGUACAUUUAUUAAUUAAAAUA